GACGCGUUAAGGCCGGGCCAUAUCGCCGUCCACCCGAUUAUUCAGUUAUAAAAUUUCUGUUAAAUAUACAAAUUUGCACAAGAUGAAGCUGAACAAGUGCGUUCGGCUUCUAACGGAGAAGCACCUUGAAAAUAUGGGAUCUAUGUUCAAAACAUUGUAUAACGACGAGUUGCUCACGGACUGUACCCUUCACUGUAAGAACGGUUCCAUAAGGGCCCAUAAGGUGAUAUUGGCCGCUAGUAGUCCCUACUUCCGCAAGGUUUUUCUUGAACACAAGGACGAGCGCGCUAUUUUUAUUAUGCACGGCAUAUCGUUGGAGCAACUUAGAGAUUUGUUGGAAUUGAUAUACAAAGGCGCUAUCGACGUGCCCAGUGAAACUUUAAAUACUGUGUACGAGUUAGCUGAAGAAUUGGAGCUGACGGGUGUGCUUCUCGAGGAGGGUUCUUCGGACACGAAGUGCAAUGGGUAUGGAAGAGAUACAAGGUAUAGGGGUCAAAAAAGAGUUGCUGUGGAUUUUACAUCAGAAGAUAAUGAAGUUGUACCUGAAAAAAUCGUGAAAAAUUCCGCCGAAAGGAGAGUUAGCUCCUGUUCUGAAAAAGGAAUUUCUAGCAUUAAAAAAUGUGAAACUAGCGAAACAGUAAAUAAUGAAACGCCGACAGAACUAGAAGAUACAAACAAUGUCGUUUCAAGAACUGAGGUGACAAGUAAGGAAAGAUUAAUGGGACACCCUGUAGAUGAGCAAAGCAACUUAAGUGUUUGGGCGAGGAAGGAAAGAAAAUUUAAAUGUGAUUUAUGUCCGAGCAGUUUUAAGAGGGCAUCACAUUUAACAAGACAUCAGUUGGUUCACACUGGAGAAAGACCAUUUGCUUGCACUCAAUGUGACAAAGCUUUUUCAAGGCAUGAUAAAUUGAAACAUCAUAUCCAUAAAGCUCAUGAGUUACCAGCAUUAAAUGAAGCCUUGCCUGCAGAUUCUCUUUACACUAUAGGACAUGUUCGCAUAUUAACACCUGAACAAACUAUGAUUGAAACAUCUGAACCUGUGGUCCACAGUCCCCUAAGUUCACCAACACCUGCUCCUGGCCCACAAAAGAAAGGAAGAGGAAGGCCAAGGAAAUACCCUCCCGCACCUCCACCAUUAGUAAAACGACCAAGAGGAAGACCAAGACUAAACCCCAUUGUUCCCCAGGAAGAUACGAAGCAGGAAAACUAUGACAUAUCAAACAUGCCUUAUGGGGAUUUGGAGUAUUUAACAAAACCUCUCGAAGAAACCAGUGAUGAUCUGACGAUAGAUGACCAAGAUUUAAUGGAGCCUCUUGUGGAGAUUAAAACCGAACCUAGUGAUAAAAAUGAGCCAGAAAAGACGGAGAAGACAGGGACUUUUUUGGAAAAUAUUGGGUUAUUUGAAAAUAGUGCCGUAGCCAAAAUUGGAGAAUGUACCAUCUCUGUAGCGAAUAAUAGUGGUGCUACAUAGAAGACUAAUAAAUGUCUUAAAUUGUAAAUUAAUAAGAAAAUGUAUAAAUAUAUUAAGUAUAAGAGAAUAUUGAAAUUUCCAUAAUAACAUUUGGUACGGUGCUAAAACAAUUAAAUGUAGCAUAUUUAUGUACUUAACCGGUCAAUUUGAAGUGGCAAUAGAACAAAAUUACUAAAUUCUGGUAUUCCACUAGGUAUAAAAACUGCAUCUAAAAACAAGCACCAUUUUUUAAUCUUUAUAAAAUAUUCAAUUA